AUGUCUGAUAGAAGUGAAACCCCAUCACCUACCGCUAUGCCAUCAUUCCGGUCUCGCGUCAUUGGCACCUGGGGCCUGGUGUCGUACGUCGCCAUCAAUCUUGAGGACCCGCAAGACAUCGUCUACCCAAUGGGCAAAGAGUGCAAAGGUCAAAUCAUGUACAGUAAGGACGGCUACAUGGCAGCAUUGCUACAAGAGGCAGACCUCGAAUCCUUCGACCAUGACUGGAAGGACGGCACUACUCAAGAACUGGCCAAUGCAGCAAAGAAGACCAUCGCGUACUGCGGGCCAUUCUAUCUCGACGAAGAACACAGCAAGCAACAAAAGAUUGUCCAUCACGCCCAAAUCAGCGUUCACCCCAACUGGAUCAACACGCUUCAAAUUCGAUGUGCAGAUAUGUUUGAGGAGGAUGGCCAUGACUAUAUUAUGCUGGGACCAGAGUCUCCAACUGAGUGGCAGGGUGUCAAGCGACUCCUUCGGCUGAAAUGGCGCAAGCUCACUCAGAACGAUGCGGCUCAACCUCCAGCAGACGCUAAGGAGCUCAAGAUCUGA